AUGAAACAAGAGAUGGAGGAGAAGAGCUACAACGCUUCCGCCAACCCUUUUUCCAUCGCCAGCUUGAUCAAAGAGAGCAAGAAAUCGCCGAUUCCAUCACCAGAGAGAUCUCAAAAUGACUCCGGCUACUCGGCUCAGUCUGAUUCUGACUCGCGAUCUGCUUCGCCAGAACCCAGUGUUGAGGCUUCUGUGAAGUCCCUGGAGUACCCUGCACAAGCACCCACAUCCCCACCCGUGCUCCCGGACAUCUACAAGAACCUCCUCGCCUACUCCAACUUCCUGAACAUGAUCCAGCAGAUCCAGACUCAGCAAGCCGCCCAAUCUCUCCAAACGAUCCCCCGCCUUCCCGCCAUUCCCCAGCUUCCUCUUCCAGUCACAUCUCUUCCUACACCAGCUCUUCCUCGACCAAGCUUCGUCCAAGCGCCGAAAACUGAGCCACAGGAAAGCUUAUCGCCACCAGCUUCGUCUGCUCCGGGAAAGAUGCGCGCCGAGCCAAGAGGAGCUACUGGAAAUGGCCACAGAGCGCUCCCCUACGAACUGAAGAAGGAAAAUGGCAAGCUCGUCUACCAGUGCGACAAGUGCCCAAAGAGAUUCGGCCAGCUUUCCAACUUGAAGGUUCACCGACGAGUGCAUACUGGAGAGCGUCCAUUCGCAUGCACAAAGUGCAACAAGAGCUUCACCCAGCUGGCCCAUUUGCAAAAGCACGACCUAGUGCACACCGGCGAGAAGCCCUGGCAAUGCGACGUUUGCCUCAAACGAUUCACCAGCUCAUCCAACUUGAAGACUCACAUGAAGCUUCACAGCUGCCCUGAAGCCCUCCUCCCGUCAAUGACAUCAACUCCGAUCUCCAACCGAGCCGGCCCCGGAGCAGCCCGAUUCCCCGCUUCGCUCAGCGCCUUCGGAGUCCCCCAGCAAUUCGCUCUACCCUUCUAG